UUGAAGUACCUGUUUUGGUUGGUGUUUGGAACAAAACUCUGAGCAUGGAUAAAUUCAAAGGUUUCUCGAAUCUUACACCAUUCUCCUAUGCGGAUGUGCCAUUAGCAGAACGUCGCAGUAAAUGGUAUACCUGGAAGAGAGCAUUCGAAAUUUAUCUGCGUGCCUCAAAAGUGACGGAUACCAGUGAGAAAAAAGAUCUGGUGCUCGCACAAGCGGGAUUUGGACAACAAGAAAUCUUCUUCAAUAUUCCUGGAGCGGAUGUGGAAGAGAAUAUAAACAAUGAUAUCGAUCCAUAUGACGUAGCCAUAAUAAAUCUGGAUAAUUACUUCGCUCCUCAGUGCCAUGAAGCACAUAAGCGAUACCUUUUCUGGGCUAUGCAACCAGAACCAGAUGAAGGCUUGGAAAAGUUUUUCAUGAGAAUACAAGUUCAUGCGACCAAAUGCAAUUUUGGAACAACGGUUAUGGAAAGUUCUGGUAUCGCAGUUGUCGAUAAGAUGUUACAGUUUGUGCCUGUGCCGUUACGGGAAAAACUUCUUCAGGAAUCAAAUUUGACAAUCGAUGAAAUGAUCAGGCAAGUGAACGCAUACGAGACCUCAAGGUCUGCCAAUGACCAGAUCAGCGGAAAGAAUAUUUCACAACAUAUGCCUAGAACAACUGAAAUAAUGCAAAGCAUUCGAACAUCUUGUAAGUAUUGCGGUCGCUCUCACGGGACAGAUCAACGAUGUCCAGCGUGGAACAAAACCAGUGGUCACUGCGGCAUGAGAGAACAUUUUCGUGUAACUUGUUUCAAUCAUACUGGCAGAGGGUCAAGAGGUUUUCCAUCGUCAGACGUCAUCAUUUCACACGUCGUCAUCAAAUAAACACUUAUUCAAAAGAAAUCAUGCAAGCUUUUCCUACCGCUGAUUUAUCGAUUGGUAGGCCACAACAGACCAAGGUGAGUAAUUAUACACGGAAACUACAUGCAAUUGACGACACUGAAGCCGACAACGAAGAAAUAGAACUUGUUGAGAUGGUAUCAUCCGUUCAUGAUUCGGAGGAGCUGGUAUGGGCCAAUGUUGGCGGUGUAUUGAUCGAAAUGCAGAUCGAUUCAGGAGUGCAAUCAAAUAUAAUAGAUGAUAAAACUUGGGAAAUAAUGGUCCGUGAUGGAGUACAGACAAUUGGUGGAAAUCUGCAGUCAGAUCGUAAAUUUAAAGCAUACGCUCAGAAGGAUUGUUUGAUAGUAACCAAUAUGUUCUACGCGGAAAUUUCCAACAAUGAUGGCCCGAAACAGUUGAAAACUGUAGCACGCUUCUAUGUCGUAAAGGAUGGUCCUCAACCUCUUCUGGGGAAGAACACGGCGAUGUUUUUGGGAGUUUUUUUUUUGUAGGGCUCCCAAGUAAGCAAGAAUCUGUGCAGCAAGUAGAUAUUUCCAGUAGACCGUUUCCCAGUAUUCAUGGUGUGAAAAUACACAUAACGAUCGACAAGCCAGUGGAACCUGUAGCGCAAAAAUUUCGUCAAUUGCCUUUUUCAACAUUACAACGGGUAGAUGAAAAGUUAAAAGAAUUACUGACCAAAGACAUCAUUGAACGUGUAUCGGAACCCAGUCAAUGGGUUUCGCCGAUGGUAGUUGUUGUGAAAGAUAAUAGGGAUAUACGGCUGUGCAUCGACAUGCGAAAAGUAAACAGAGCAAUUUUGCGUGAAACUCAUCCUCUUCCAACUGUUGAAGAUGUCCGUUGGAAAUUGAAUGGUACGCGUUUCUUUUCGAGAUUGGACAUCAAGGAUGCAUUUUACCAGCUUGAGUUAGACGAUGAGAGUAAACCAUUGACUACAUUUAUCACUCACAAAGGUCUGUUUAGAUACAAAAGACUCGUUUUUGGAAUAUCGUGUGCUCCGUAGAUGUUCCAAAAAGUAAUGGAGCAAAUCUUAUCUGAUUUUUCAAAUGUUAUCAUUUUCAUCGAUGACAUAAUCGUAGCAGGAAAGACAGAAAAAGAUCACGAUGAAUCGCUUCAGUUGGCCUUAAAUAAGCUGCGGUCCUUCGGUGUUCUUUUGAAUAAGUCGAAAUGCGUUUUUGAACUGACUGAAACUGAUUUUCUUAGUCAUCAUUUCGAUGGGAAAGGAAUGACUCCGACACAAGAUAAAGUUAUAGCUAUUAAAAGCUUCAGGACUCCAGUAAAUUCGGAGGAGGUGCGUAGCUUCUUGGGUUUGAUCAAUUAUGUUGGAGCAUUUAUUCCGGAUCUGACCACAAGUUCCUUUCGGCUACGGGAGCUCACAAAGAACAAAGCUGGUUUCAAAUGGGGUGACGAAGAACAGGCAGCGUUUGACCACCUUACACAAGCUAUAGGAAAAAAAGAUAGCUUAUCUUAUUUCGACCCUAAACUGAAAACGAGAGUAGUUGCAGAUGCUUCUCCGGUCGGGUUAGGGGCAGUUCUCUUACAGUUUUACGAAGGAGAGCCGAGAGUGAUAUCUUGCGCUAGUAAAAGCCUUACUGAAACUGAACGUCGAUACGCACAAACAGAGAAGGAGGCUCUGGCUCUAGUGUGGGCGGUCGGAAGGUUUCAAAUUUAUCUAAUUGGGGUCCGAUUUGAAUAGGAGACUGACCAUAAGCCUUUAGAAUCGAUAUUCUCCACCAAUUCAUCGCCUUAGCUCCGUAUGGGUUGGGUUCUUAGACUACAGUCAUUCAAUUAUGAGGUGGUUUACCGAAAAGGCAAAUCGAACAUCGCGGAUCCAUUGUCUCGCUUUUCGCAGCCAUCAGAAGUGGAACCAUUUGAUCCAAAUUCAGAGGUGUACAUUCGUAAUGUUUAAUUAGCUGCCGUCGACUGAAACGAACUUAAAGGUGUAUCUUCUAGUGACACAGAGUUAACUCAGUUGCGGGAGUGUUUAGACCGUGGGCUGUGGAACCACACAUCUGAAGGAAUAAAACCAUAUUUUGCUUUUCGGAACGAGCUGGGCAAAGUCGGAGAUCUGGUAGUCAGAGGAUCACGGCUAGUAAUUCCACGAGAUCUAAGACAACGUAUGUUACAACUAGGACAUGUGGGUCAUCCAGGUCGUACGAAAAUGCAGCAACGUCUGAGAUAUACAUGUUGGUGGCCAGGAAUGGACGAGGUUAUCGCUCGCACAGUGGACUCGUGCACAGGUUGUCAACUAGUGAGCCUGCCUGAUCGCCCAGAACCUAUGAGAAGGAAGAAAUUACCUGUUACGCCGCGGACGGAUGUCGCUAUAGACUUUUUAAGUCCGUUACCAUCGGGGGAUUACUUGUUAGUAAUUGUAGACUACUUUAGCCGUUACAAAGAAAUAGAAGUUCCUCGUAAGAUAACGGCGAGUGAAACGUCUGAACGUUUAGAGCGGAUUUUUGUUAGAUUAGGAUAUCCACAAACCAUCACACUGGUCUACGGUCGUCAGUUCAUAAGCACCGAGUUUGAAACAUACUGUAAGCGCCGAGGCAUACAUCUUAAUAAUACCACACCAUACUGGCCACAAGAAAACGGCUUAGUCGAGCGCCAGAAUCGGUCACUAGUCAAAAGACUUAAGAUCAGUCAGGCUUUGGAAACAUGAUAUACUUACGUACUUAUUAAUGUACUACUCAACACCUCAUAGUAAUACGGGAUAAACUCCAAGCGAGCUCAUGUUUGGGCGAAAUAUCCGGACGAAAAUACCUUCUCUACAAGAUGUCUGCACAACUGUACCAUCUAUCGACAACCGAGAUUAUGAUCACAUUGCGAAGGAAAAAGGGAAAGAAAAAGAAAAUGAACCGCGUAAGGCGAAGCUUUCAAAGUAUACAUGAAGAAUGUUCUGCAUGGAAACAAGUUGACUCCGACAUUCGAUUCUACUGUUAUGAUAGUAGAGGUAAAACAGGGAACACGAGUAACGGUUCGAAAUCAAGAAACUGGAAGGCUUUACGAUAGAAACCCCUGCCAUCUGAAAAAAAUAAUUCAUCCAGAAGCAGGCGUUUCUGAGAGAAGUAUAUCGUUCGAAUGUAUUAUUUCAUUA